AGGAUCGUGUUUAUUGUUAUUAUUUGUGUGAUAUCUCUAUAGUAGUGAUGGGUCGUUCGUGAACGAAUCGUUCCAAAUGAACGAGUCCGACAGAGGAACGAUCAGGAACGAUUCCACCUGAUUAUUUUUUCUCGUUCCUUCGUUCCAUUUCGUACCUACUACCUAGUACCUACAUUCGACCCGUUCCAUACAUCUACCGAGUACCGAGUAUUGCUCAUGAGUACAAUGGGCGAUUCGUAGAGGGGAUGGUUCGGUACUUCGGUCACUCAAACACCGAUAUCAUGUUAUCUAGUUAUGUCAAAAUUACAAUUAAGAUAAGGAACUCCCGAGUCCCGACCAUGGUCGUUAAGAUAAGGAACUCACGACCAACCAAUAACCAUACGAAUAAAAUGCACCUUUAUUUGAAUUUUCGGGAAUUUUGACCUUAUUUUACUUGUGUGUUUUUUUCCACGGUCUAUUUUUGCAAUGUUUUACUCCACAAUGUCUGUUUUUGCAGUAUUUUUCUCCACAGUAUCAUUCCUUUUCAGUUUUCGUACGUAUCACGUUCACAGUAUGUAAUAUUGUACUUUUAGUUAUUUUAUUGUGUUUUUUGUAAAUUAUAUAUAUUAACUACCUACUUGGAUUUGUUUACGUGGGCUUGAAUCAAAAAACAUUAUUUCGGUAAUUAAUAAUUACUAAUUAUAAUAAUUAGGUAUUUUAUUUUAUUUUAUUUUUAUUUUUAGGUAUUUUUAGGUAUAUAUACUAUAUAGUCGAGUAUAAUAUUUUGUUUGUUGAUCUUUGUGCUCAUAAUUUUAUAUUAUAAUGGAUAAGAAAAAAAGUGACGUUUGGAACCAUUUUACUUUACUCGACAAUGAAAAGGCUAAAUGUAGUUAUUGUUCUAUCGAAUAUUCAUUUAAGGGGGGAUCAACAGCUAAUUUAAGUCGCCACUUAAAAAGAAAACAUAUUAUUCAGUACGAGGCAAGAAAAAAAAUUAGUACAGAGCAGGACAUCGAUGAACAUAAAAUCCAAAAUUCUAUUCCCCAAAAUACUCAGACAAAAAUUGACUCAUUCGUAUCAAAACCAAUUUCCCUUACUAAAUCAAAACAAAUUGAUAACCAAUUGGCUAUUGUAAUAGCAAAAGAGUUUCAACCGUAUAGCCUUGUCGAAAAUAAUGAAUUUAAAAAAUUUGUUAAAUUACUAAAUCCCGGAUACACAUUGCCUUCAAGAAAAACCAUUUCUAAAAGUAUUAUUCCACAAUUAGUGGAAAGUACAAAACAAAAAAUAAAAAAUAGUAUUAAAAAUGCCGAAUAUAUCGCGUUCACCACUGACGGCUGGACUUCGGUUAACAAUGAUAGUUUUGUAGCAAUAACCAUUCAUUACAUAGACAAGGAAGAAUGCAUUUUAAAAACACAUUUAUUAGGUUGUUUUAAUUUUCUAGAAUCUCAUACAGGUGUUAACUUAUCAGAUUUUAUGAACAAUUGUUUUAUUGAAUGGGAAAUACAAGAAAAAAUUAAAGUAGCAGUUACCGAUAACGCAUCAAAUAUUGUAUCUGCAAUUAAUUUAAAUACAAAGUGGCGUCAUUUACCUUGUUUGGCACAUACUAUUAAUGUAAUAGCACAAAGUGGCUUAGGAGAAAUUUCUGAAGUUCACAAAAAGGUAAAAAGUGUUGUAGAAUUUUUUAAGCGGUCUUCCCAAGCGUAUACUAAAUUAAAAAAUAUGCAAGCUCAAAUGGGUUACCCCACCUUAAAAUUAAUUCAAGAUGUCGCCACGCGCUGGAAUUCUACAUAUGCAAUGUUCCAAAGAUGUAUUGACAUAAAAGAGCCUUUAGUUUCAACAAUAGCAGUUAUAGGCAAUGUUAACAAUUUAUUACAAACAGAUUUUGAAAUUAUGAAAUAUUACUGUGACAUUUUUAAGCCAUUUAACGAAGUUACCAUAGAACUUAGUAGUGAAAAAGAAAUAUCUAUAUCAAAAGUUCUUAUUUUAGUUAACAUGUUGAUAUCUCAUAUAAAAAAAAAAAAACAAGAAAAAGAUUUGCCUCGAAAUAUUUAUUGUAUGGUUGAAAAAAUGGAAUCUAAAGCAGACAGAAAAUUUAAAGACAUAAACGUGGACCGCAUAUUAACAGAAGCAUCAAUUUUAGAUCCGAGGUUCAAGAAAAAGGCAUUUAUUUCUAGUACGUCAUACCAAAAUGCAUACCAAAAAUUAAUUCUAAGCGUAAUUAAAAUAAUAACAUCAAACCAAACACCAUGUAAUAUAAAUGAUGAAAUUGACAUGUCCACUGAACCCGAAAACUUCGAAAUUUGGAAAGACUUCGAUGCACAAGCAUCCACUACAACUACUAUUAGUACGCCAAGGUCUCAAGCUAUUAUAGAAAUAGACAGGUAUAUGAACGAACCAUUAUUACCCAGAAAAUUGGAUCCGUUGAUUUGGUGGAAGGAUCAUAAGGUACUUUAUCCAAAUUUAUUUAAGUUAAUGCUGCAGAAAUUAUGCGUUCCUUCGUCUUCGGUCCCAUGCGAAAGAACUUUUUCUAAGGCUGGUUAUACCUACAAUUACAGAUCGACGCAAUCGAUUGUCUGUCAAAAAUACAGAACAAUUAUUAUUUUUAAAUAAUAAUCUUUAAAUUUAUUUACUAUAACUUGUAAGUUCAUUUUUUUUUUAAUUGUAUACGAGCUGUAAUAUUUAU